UACAAAUAAAAUAAAAAAAAAAAAACAAAAUUAAAAAAAAAAUAGUUAUAAUAAAAUAAAAUUAAAAGCGAUUAACUAACGAAUUUCGUGUUUAAAAAAAAAAUAAAAGCAAUUAAUUAAGUAAUAAUAAUAAUAAUAAACAAGCAAAGAGAGAGAGAGAGAAAUCAGGAGUUGCUAUAUAUUGAGUAUUAUUCAUCAUUAAAUAGCCAGUCGUUUGCAAAAGUCAACCAACAACAUUAAAAGGGUUCCCUCUAAUAUGAACACCCAAGCUAAAAACUAUAGAGCCCUAGAAGAAAUUUAUGAGAAUUACGAUAAUGGUCCAAACGAUGAUGCUUUCUUUAUGAGCACCAUGAGAAAUCUUAAUAUGCCAACAAGUUUCCCACCAAUAGGAACUUUUACUCUUGACUCAACUUUGGGACCACCACCGCAACCCCAAAGUACAAUUGGGAUAUUUGACGCAAACGAAGAGCAAAAUACUAUUGGGGUAUUCUCAUCGAAUAGUGUUUUGUCGAAUGGCAUCAAUACAACUGGUAAUUCAUCUUCGUCAUCAUUUGGAGCAGCAAGUACCACGGGUAACAAUGAUUCUAGUCAAACAACUCGCGAGACGGGUAUCAUUGAGAAACUUUUGCAUUCGUAUGGAUUCAUUCAGUGCUGUGAACGUCAGGCACGUCUUUUCUUUCAUUUUUCGCAAUUUAGCGGUAACAUCGAUCAUUUGAAAAUCGGCGAUCCCGUUGAGUUUGAAAUGACUUAUGACCGACGAACUGGAAAGCCAAUUGCCAGUCAAGUUUCGAAAAUUGCUCCCGAAGUUGUUCUAUCGGAGGAGCGCGUUACCGGAACUGUAACAACUGAGUUGCGAACCGAUUGCGUCAAUAAUCUUUUAGCAUCAAACGAAACUACCGGUCGGAUUAGCUAUGAAAACCGUGGUGAAUGUUUCUUUCUACCCUAUACCAAAGACGAUGUUGAGGGCAAUGUCAAUCUUAGAGCUGGUGAUAAGGUCAGCUUUCAGAUUGCUACUAACCAAAGAGGAAAUUUAGGUGCUUGCCAUAUUCGUCUAGAGAACCCAGCGCAGCCAGUUAAGUAUCGCGGUGUUGUUUGCUCGAUGAAGGAAUCCUUUGGCUUUAUCGAAAGGGCUGAUGUUGUGAAGGAAAUAUUCUUUCAUUUUUCAGAAGCUGAAGGCAAUGUCGAACUACGCCCAGGCGAUGAUGUUGAGUUUACCAUUCAAACAAGAAACGGGCGAGAAUUCGCAUGCAAUAUAACUCGCUUGCCUCCUGGGUCAGUUAUUUUCGAAGACGUUGAUUCAUCAAUUUAUAAGGGACAGGUUUUGAAACCUUUGGAUCGCAACAAUCCAGCUCGUCAAACUAGCGAUCCACUUCCCGGGCGUAUUCGUUUCCGAGCAGCUGAUUAUUCUGAAGAUGAGGUUCCUUUCGGAGACAAGGAUCAAAAGGGAGAUUUUACUCUGCGUCAUGGCGAUUGGGUUCAAUUUUUGUUGGCUACUGAUAGGCGGGAUCAAUUGCAGAGGGCAACAUCUAUAUCCUUGCUUGAUGAGACAUUUAAAGUUUCUGGUGAAAAACGUGAGCAAGGAAUUGUAUCAUCACUUAAAGAUGGAUUUGGCUUUCUUCGUUGCGUUGAGCGCAAUGUACGUUUAUUCUUCCACUUUACAGAAGUUUUGGAUACUAGCCGUGAAAUUGCUCUUGGAGAUGAAGUGGAAUUUACUUGUGUUCAAGAACCAGGUAUUACUUAUAACAAUUCGCGUUUAAAUGCAAUUCGAAUCAAAUAUCUUCCACCAAAUACGGUUCAAUUUGAAACUUUAAUGGCAAGCAAUAUUGAGGGUUAUGUUACUCGUGAAGCACCAAAAAGCCCAGUUAAGUCACAAGACCGAGUAGAAGGUGGUGUUAUAACAUACGACCACGGUGACAGCAAAAAGACUAUUAUGUAUUUUCUUAAAGACUGCGAAAAACCACCAAGAAUUGGCGAUCGAGUUCGCUUUGACAUAUGUUUGGUAAAACGAAACAAAGAAUUCAUUGCUGUUAAUAUAACUCAACUGCAACACAAUGCAACGAACCAAAACAAUCAAUCUGACGAGGCAGUAGCAAAUGGAGGCAACAACCAAAACGGAUUCAGUGCUCCUAAAAUCGAAGAUUUCAAAACUGAAAAUAAUAACCUUGCCGAACCGGGCCACACCUAUCGAGGAUUUAUUGCCGUUAUCAAAGAGAAUUUUGGAUUCAUUGAAACUCUAUCUCACGACGAAGAGGUAUUUUUCCAUUUCAGCAACUACGUUGGCAAUCCUAAUUGGCUAGAAUUGGGUCAAGAAGUUGAAUACACACUCUCGCCAAAUGGCAACACUUCGGCAUCGGGCAAUUGUUUGCCAGCAGAGAAUGUUCGUACUUUGCCAAAGGGCUCAAUUAAACAACCAUCCGUAUUGGAGCCAAUCUACAAUGGAGUUGUUGCUCGCCCAUUGCGUUGCAUUAAUCCCGAUCAACAAGAAUAUGCUGGACUUGUUGAGAUUCUCAAUGACAAGGGAGUAACUAUGUCACAACAUGAAUUUGGCAUAACUAGUUUGACAAACCGACGAGAUCUGUUGCAAAAGAACGACUUGGUUACUUUUAAAAUCGACGAGACGGGACGUGCCGCUGAAAUAACUGCCGUGCGCCAAAAGAAGCGUGCCACUGUGGAUUCAAUUAAGGGUCAGUUUGGAUUCUUGAACUAUGAAAUUGAAGAAGGCAAAAAGUUGUUUUUCCACAUGUCUGAAGUUCAAGGCAGUACUGCAGCCUUGCAUCCAGGAGAUACUGUUGAAUUUUCAGUGGUAACAAAUCAGAGAAAUGGCAAAUCAUCAGCAUGCAAUGUUGUAAAAAUAAACGAUAGGCCAGAUAGAUUAAUAUCCCGCUUGAAGCUGAACAGCACAACUGAUGAUUCCUUGCCACGUCUCAUUGUAACUCGAGCUCCCAAAGGGCCCCAGGGCAAAGGAUUUUCUCCACAGGCUCGUUUAUAUAGAAUUCCUGGAGCAUUAGUUGAGUAGAAACAAAAAUUCGACACAACACACGUACACUUACAGUGAUGAAUUAAAGCAAAAGAAAAAAACAGCAAUUUUUGGCGCCAUCUUCAUAAACAUGCCUGAUUACUGCUCGUCAACUGAAACAAAAUAAUUUACAAAUAAUAAUUAAGUAAAAAUACACAACAAAAUAAUUAUAAAAAAAAAAUAUACGAAAAAAAAUUGAAGUAAAAAAAAAAUAAAAAAAAAAAAUAAACAAAUUAUCAAAACAUUGCAUAUAUAUUCGCUUAUAAUUAUAACGUACAUUGUACUGUACACAGCUUAUUUCUUAUUGAAAUGACUGAAUUUUGGGAUUAAACUAAAACUACAACAACAACGACGACCUUAUACUCAACAUUCAACUUCAUAAUCUCCUGUUAAUUGUGCUUUGCAAAAGAAUACCAUGCACAAUAAUAAUUGUACAUACAUAAAUUUAAAAAAAAUCAAAAACUUAUAGAGCAAUAUUAAUUUCUUGACUUUCCAUUAUAUAUAUUUUUUUUUAUAAUUUAUUAAAAGACAACAACAAAACUAUCGAAACAAUAUAACUCAUAGCUUUUAAAUUAAAUGUGGAACAGAUAUGCGCAAAAUACGGGACUCAUAUCCAAUUAAAUUGUAUGUCAACAAAGAUAUUAUGAAAAUAUAUUAUACAUAUUUCAUAAAAAUAA